AUGCUUUCAUUCACUUUGGCUCUGUUGGCCUCGGUUGGAUUGGCUGGAGCCGUCCUGUCUGCACCUCGUGAUCGUCUAGAUCAUGAUCUCUGUACAGCUACUGCUGUUGAUUGUGCCGCCACCGCUGAUGGUGGGUGCAUCGCUGCGACGAGUGCUGAUGGAAGUCCUCUCGACUUCCGAAUGGUUUAUGUUCCACCGAAGACUUACGGACCUGGUGAGAAGAGGGCUGUCUACAAACAGUUCCAAAACUAUCCGAGGAUUGUUGAUGCCUCUCGAGCCCCAAGUUAUGCUCCCACCUCUCCCGACCAGAAGCCCAGUGUACCUAUUGGGUAUAUUGACAUGCCCGAAGGGACGACUUAUGGCUAUUGGGAUGCCGCUUAUGGUGUUAUGAAUGAAGCCGGUUUAUCAAUGGACUCUAAUAGAUAUGCUGGUGGACGUGCUGAAGCUACUUUCCAGCACGGUGCAUGGGAAAGGGCAAUCUCUCUUUAUCGUACUAUGUAUUCUUACAUUGCUGUUACGUACAAGGACUAUAAUGUUAUUUAUUUUGCUCCGAUGACCCCACAUGCUAGUGUCUACAUCCCCAUCAUUGUCAAGCACGAUCAAACUGUCAAGUCUAUUCCUGCCCUCGAGUACUCUUGGCAGGGGGAGUUCAGUGAUAAGUCACUUUGGUGGGCAUCUGAAACUGUUUGCAACGUUAUGGAUCUCAAGUACAUGUAUAUGAUCAAUGACGUUAGGAAGGCUCAGUAUGAGAUCGAGCAUGAAGUUGAUGUUAUGAUGGCCACUGAAAGCCCCGACCAAGUCGAGACGAAGAUGGACGGCUUCGGUGACAAUGUUACUGAGAAGUGGCUCAAUAUGCAUUACACUCUCCUUGGUAAAUAUCAGAAUGGUUAUUCUGAUUGGGGUUACACGCAGGUUGGCUAUGGCCCAUCUACUGAGUGGCUCCAUGCCGCUGGCUUCCAGGACUUCCAAGCCACUCCAGCGCAGUUCACGGAGUUGAGACGUCGUUACGAGAAGACUCAGAAGGAAGCCGAUGAAAUCCGCGACUCGGCAUUAAAUGCGUGA